AUGGUCAUCCAUACAAUAAGUCAAAUCCUAGAAGAAAUUUCAAACCAGUGUAGCCCUCUGCCAUGCCAUAAAGAUGGAUAUAAGGAUUGCAUAGAUGGACAAGCCCAAUACAUGUGUGUCUGUAAACCGGGAUGGCAAGGAGAGAAAUGUGAAGAAGAUAUAAAUGAAUGUGAUGACUUAAAUGGAGGUUGUAGCCAACGCUGUUCUAAUUUACCUGGAAGCUACCGUUGUUUAUGUGAAGAUGGCUACUUCAUGCAUUCAAAUAAACGAGAUUGUGGAGAUAUAAACGAAUGUCUGUUACACCCAAACAUCUGUGGGACUGCCACCUGUAAAAACACCCUGGGGAAAUAUGAAUGUGAAUGUCCAGAAGGCUACACAUACAAUGCAACAUCCAAGAACUGUGAAGAUAUUGAUGAAUGUGCUGAAAAUGUUUGUGCUCAACUCUGUGUAAACUCUCCAGGAAGUUAUAGCUGCUAUUGUGAUGGCAAAAAAGGGUUCAAGCUCUCUAAGGACAUGAAGAAUUGCGAGGCUGUUACUGCGUGUAUCCCAGUGAACCUUGAAAAGAAUUAUGAACUGCUUUACCUGGCAGAGCAAUUUAUAGGAAUUCCCGUUCUGUACUUAAAGUUUAAGCUGCCAAAUGUCACAAG